CGUAGCCGAGCUGUACCCCUCAGAGUUAACUUUUUAAUCCCGGUUUUGUCGCGUUAUCACACACAAGAGGAGGAGGCGGAGGAGGUCGGGGAGAGAAAAGGGGCCAACAAGUCAGUCAUGGUAUGAGGUUAGCGUGAAAAGCCGGAGCGCAUUCUUGCAAAGUAAAGCCCGUUGAUAUUUCACCGUGAGGAGAAGAAGAAGAAGAAGAAGAAGAGGAGAAAGAAAAGGGAAAGGGAAGCCCGGAGAAGCGAGAGAAAAGCGGGGUACAAGAUGCAGCUGGCCGCGGUGCUGUGGGGCUCCCUGGUAACUUUACUGCUCAGCCAGAGUCCAGGGGUCCAGGGCAGCGCUGAGUGUUCAUGUGGGAAGAACCACUUCACUUGUGCGGUCAGUGCGUUCGGGGAGUGUACCUGCAUCCCCGCCCAGUGGCAGUGUGACGGAGACAACGACUGCGGCGACCACAGCGACGAGGAUGGAUGCAUGCUUCCCACCUGCUCUCCGCUGGACUUCCACUGCGACAACGGCAAAUGCAUCCGCCGCUCCUGGGUGUGUGACGGAGACAACGACUGCGAGGACGACUCGGACGAACAGGACUGUCCUCCCAGAGAAUGUGAGGAGGAUGAGUUCCACUGCCAAAAUGGUUACUGUAUCCGCAGCCUGUGGCACUGUGACGGUGACAAUGACUGUGGGGACAACAGCGAUGAACAAUGUGACAUGCGUAAAUGUUCCGACAAGGAGUUCCGCUGCACGGACGGCAGCUGUAUCGCCGAGCACUGGUACUGUGACGGAGACACGGACUGCAAGGAUGGAUCGGACGAGGAGAACUGUCCCUCAGAUGUGAUGGCAGCCACCUGCAGUGUGGAGGAGUUCCAGUGUGCAUACGGCCGCUGCAUCCUGGACAUCUACCACUGUGACGGAGACGACGACUGCGGCGACUGGUCGGACGAGUCGGACUGCUCUUCCCACCAGCCGUGCAGAUCAGUUGAAUUCAUGUGCAGCAGCGGGAUGUGCAUCAACGCUGGCUGGAGGUGUGACGGCGAAUACGACUGUGACGACCAAUCAGACGAGAAGAACUGCACCACGUCCAUGUGCACGGCUGACCAGUUCCGCUGUGGAACUGGACGCUGUGUCCGGUUGUCAUGGCGAUGUGAUGGAGAGGAUGACUGCUCUGACCGCAGCGAUGAGGAGGGUUGUGAGAAAACUGAGAGCCCUCCAUGUGCUCCUGAUCAGUUCCAGUGUGGGAACAAACGCUGCAUCGGUCAGAGAAAAGUGUGUAACGAGGUCAACGACUGCGGAGAUUGGACUGACGAGCACCCACAUCAUGACUGCCGUCCACGUUCCAGCGAGGGCAACUGUAACCAGAAUAACGGAGGCUGCUCCCAGAAGUGUCAGAUGGUCCGAGGGCUGGUCCAGUGCACCUGUCACACUGGAUACCGGCUGAUGGACGACGGCAAGGCCUGCCAGGAUGUGGACGAGUGUGCUGAAGAAGGGUACUGCAGCCAGGGCUGUACCAACGCGGAGGGGGGGUUCCAGUGCUGGUGCGUUCAGGGCUACGAGCUUCGACCUGACAAGCGCAGCUGCAAAGCUCUGGGUCCAGAGCCGGUGCUGCUUUUCGCCAACCGUAUCGACAUCCGUCAAGUUUUGCCACACCGCUCCGAGUACACCCUGCUGCUCAACAAUCUGGAGAACGCCAUCGCCCUGGACUUUCACCACAACCUUGAGCUGGUCUUCUGGUCAGACGUGACUCUGGACCGCAUCAUGAAGGCCAACCUUAACGGCUCCAAUGUGGAGGAGGUCGUCUCCACCGGUCUGGAGAGCCCAGGUGGACUGGCCAUCGACUGGAUCCAUGACAAGUUGUACUGGACAGACUCAGGAACAUCCCGUAUCGAGGUCGCCAACCUGGACGGGACGCAACGCAAGGUGCUCCUGUGGCAGAACAUGGAGAAGCCCAGAGCCAUCGCAUUACAUCCCAUCGAGGGGAAGAUCUACUGGACAGACUGGGGCAACACACCUCGCAUCGAGUAUGCAAACAUGGACGGCUCCAACCGGCGGGUCAUCGCAGACACACACCUGUUCUGGCCCAAUGGACUCACCAUCGACUAUGCCGGCCGCCGUAUGUACUGGGUGGACGCUAAACAUCACGUCAUAGAGAAGGCCGACCUAGACGGACGCAACCGCAAGGCCGUCAUCAGCCACGGCCUGCCCCACCCGUUUGCUAUCACUGUGUUUGAGGACAGCCUUUACUGGACCGACUGGCACACCAAGAGCAUCAACAGUGCCAACAAGUUCACCGGCAAGAACCAGGAGAUUAUUCGCAACAAGCUGCACUUCCCCAUGGACAUCCACACCCUGCACCCCCAGAGGCAGCCUGCAGGUGGCAGGAACCGCUGUGGCACAAACAACGGAGGCUGCAGCCACCUGUGUCUCCCCAGCAACAAGACCUUCACCUGCGCCUGCCCCACCGGCUUCAAGAAGGUGGACACCUACAACUGUGCCGACGGUCUUGACAAGUUCCUGCUUUUUGCCCGAAGGACGGACAUCCGACGAGUCAGCUUCGACACAGAGGACAUGUCGGAUGACGUCAUCCCUCUGGCCGACGUGCGCAAUGCCGUGGCUCUGGACUGGGACGCCAAAGACGGCUACAUCUACUGGACGGACGUCACCACUGACUCCAUCAACAGAGCGCUGUGGAACGGCAGCAAGCAGGAGGUGGUGGUGGACACCAGUCUGGAGAGCCCUGCAGGUUUGGCGAUUGACUGGGUGACCAACAAGCUCUACUGGACCGAUGCAGGUACGGAUCGUAUCGAGGUCUCAAAUGCCGAUGGUAGCAUGCGGACCGUCCUGAUAUGGGAGAACCUGGACCGGCCCAGGGACAUUGUUGUUGACCCGAUAGGAGGUUUCAUGUACUGGACUGACUGGGGUGCCAACCCAAAGAUUGAGCGUGCAGGAAUGGACGCAUCCAGUCGCAUCGUUAUCAUUUCGUCCAAUCUGACGUGGCCAAACGGGCUCGCCAUCGACUAUGAGACCAAGCGCCUGUACUGGGCUGAUGCCGGCAUGAAGACUAUUGAAUUUGGCAACUUUGAUGGCUCAGACCGACAGGUUUUGAUCGGCAGCCAGCUUCCCCACCCCUUCGGCCUGACUGUCCACCUGGACAAGUUGUACUGGACCGACUGGCAGUCGAAGAGCAUCCAGAGCGCUGAUAAACUCACCGGUUUGGGCAGACACACGCUGGCUGAAAACCUGGAGAAUCUCAUGGACAUCCACAUGUUCCACAGGCUUCGUGAGACAGUACAAAACCCAUGUGCUGUGAAUAAUGGAGGCUGCAGCCACCUCUGUCUGCUGGCUCCUGCUCCCAAAGCCUCCAGCUGUGCCUGUCCCACCGGCAUCAACCUGCAGAGUGAUGGAAAGACCUGCACACCUGGUAUGAGCAGCUUCCUGAUCUUUGCCAGGAGGACGGACAUCAGGAUGGUUUCUUUGGAUAUCCCUUACUUUGCUGAUGUUGUUCUGGCCGUCAACAGCUCUAUGAAAAACACCAUCGCCAUCGGGGUCGACCCCAAAGAAGGGAAAGUCUAUUGGUCUGACAGCACACUGAAGAAAAUCAGCAGAGCCAACAUUAAUGGCAAAGCACAGGAGGACAUCAUAUCUACAGGCUUGAUGACAACCGAUGGCCUGGCGGUGGACGCAGUCGGGAGGAAGAUCUACUGGACGGACACGGGAACAAACCGUAUUGAGGUGGCUAACAUGGACGGCUCCAUGAGGAAAGUUCUCGUCUGGCAGAACCUGGACAGCCCUCGAGCCAUCGCCCUCUACAAUGAGAUGGGUUAUUUGUACUGGACCGACUGGGGAGAGCACGCUAAGCUGGAGCGCUCGUCGAUGGAUGGGUCAGACCGGCAGGUCCUCAUCAGUAACAACCUGGGCUGGCCCAACGGCCUCGCAAUCGACAUGGCCGGCUCACAGUUACUGUGGGCUGACGCUCACACAGAGCGUAUCGAGUUAGCUGACCUGAAUGGGCAGAACCGCCGCACCCUCGUCACUCCGGUCCAGCACCCGUACGGUUUGACCCUGCUGGGGCCCCACAUCUACUGGACCGACUGGCAGAGCCGCAGCAUCCAGCGAGCUGACAAGAACACCGGGACCAACACCAUCACUGUGCGGGCCAACCUGCCGGGCCUGAUGGACAUCCAGGCUGUGGACAGGGAGAGGCCACUCGGUUUUAACAAGUGUGGCAAGAGAAACGGGGGCUGUUCUCACCUCUGCCUGCCUCGUCCGAACGGUACAUCCUGCGCCUGUCCCACCGGCAUCCUGCUCAAGGGAGACGGCAGGUCCUGUGACGACUCCCCGGAGACGUAUUUGCUCUUCUCCAACCGGGUCAGCGUGCGCAGGAUCUCCCUGGACACCAACGACCACACGGACGUCCACGUACCUGUGCCUGAGCUGCACAACGUAAUCUCACUGGACUACGACAGCGUGGAUGCAAAACUUUACUAUACUGAUGUCACCCUGGAUGUUAUAAGGCGAUCAAACCUUGAUGGCACCGGCAUGGAGACGGUGAUCAGCCAGGGCUUGAAGACCACAGAUGGGCUGGCUGUGGACUGGGUGUCCAGGAACAUGUACUGGACUGACACAGGCAGGAACACCAUCGAGGUGGCCCGCCUGGAUGGGACGAGCCGCAAAGUCCUGGUCAACAACAGUUUGGAUGAACCCCGAGCCAUCGCAGUGUUCCCGAGCAAAGGGUUCCUCUUCUGGACCGACUGGGGCCACAUUGCAAAGAUCGAGCGCUCUCACUUGGACGGCUCGGAUCGAAAGGUCCUGAUCAACACGGACCUGGGCUGGCCCAACGGUCUCACUCUGGACUACGACACAAGAAGAAUCUUCUGGGUGGACGCCCACCUGGACAGGAUCGAGAGUUCGGACCUGAACGGGAAACUGCGUCAGAUCCUCGUCAGUCCUGUGUCCCACCCGUUCGCCCUAACACAGUUGAAGCCGGUGUCCUCCCCUCUAACCCCUUUCUCCCGACUCUCGCAGCAAGACCGCUGGAUCUACUGGACGGACUGGCAGACUAAGUCCAUCCAGCGGGUGGACAAACACACCGGCCGUAACAAGGAAACCGUGCUGGCCAACGUGGAGGGCCUCAUGGAUAUUAUAGUGGUGUCACCUCAAAGACAGACAGGUACAAAUCUCUGCGGGGUAAAUAACGGCGGCUGCACUCACCUUUGCUUCGCCAAGACCAACAGUUUUGUGUGCGCCUGCCCCGAUGAACCAGACGGGCGACCCUGCUCCACCAUUUCAGGAUACAUCCCCACCUCACCUGCCAAAGGAACCAGCAGCACUCCUGUUCCCAACAAGAUCCCCAGAGGUCCAACAGACACUCCACAUAGAGGACCCAUCCUCGUCAACUGCACUGAAAAGGACCUGAACGAUGGAAACUGCUUGAGCAACGUGGUGACGGCUCCUCAUGGAGAAGGACUUCAUAUCAGCUACGUGAUUGGUGGAGUUCUGACCAUCCUGGCUAUUCUUAUUCUCAUAGCCGCUUUGAUCAUUUACAGACAUAAAAAGUCUAAGUUUGCUGAUCCGGGAGUGAGCAACCUAACGUACAGUAAUCCCUCGUACCGGACGUCCACGCAAGAGGUCAAGAUCGAGGCGUCUCAGAAGCCUCCAAUAUACAACCAACUUCGAUAUAAGAAAGAGGGUGGAGUGGACGGAGGCUACACCAAGGAGAAGAUCCGCAUCGUGGAGGGUGUGUGUCUCCUGUCCAAUGAGGAGCUUUACUGGGACGACCUAAAACAGAUCAAGCCGUCCCGAGGCGGCCUGCACACCUGCAUGCGCACCGACACCGUGUCCCUGCAGGCCAGCAGCGCUUCACUAGAUGACGGCGAGACGGAGCAGCUCCUCCAGGAGGAGGCGUCCGAAUGCUCCUCCAUAACCACCCUGACACCUUCAGCCAUCACCCCUCAGCGUCACGCCCAACACAGCCUGCCCGACACCGGCUGGGCCUCCUCGCGCAAGCCCUCCACGGAGAGCGAGGUGUGAGGGAGGCUCCCACUUUCCUCCAUGCUUUAACAAUAACCUCCAUUACCUAAUACAAGCGCACACACCUGUAUUUAUAGCUGGUACAAACACACAGAAACAGAAAUACCGUUAGUACAAACACAGAACUUGUUGCAUACGUAGAGUAACGGUACAUAUAAACCUGGUUACACACAAAUAAGCUCACAUAAACACAACUCCUGUCUCUGAAACUGGGGCUCCGUCCUACUUGUGCACACAAACACACACACACACAUGCAGUACAGUCUUGGAACAGAACCCUCAAUGCUACUGCCUUUAGGCAACGUGAUAAACUAAUGAGCAUGCUGGAAUAAGAAAAGCAAAGGACUCUGGGGAGGAAGUGAACAGAGAGACACAAGCGUUACCUGGAGCCUUUUUCAAGGAUGCAGACGCUCAAUGCGACAGACGCUUCUCUGUGUACAACUUCACCUUUAUUUUGAAGUGGACUUUUUGUUCCCUGGACAACGCUAAAACAUACUCUCCGAUGCCACUCAUGACUUGAUGAACUCUAUUUAUGAACCUUUUUUUGUACUAGCCGAGUGGGUUUGCUGGCGAGAGUGUUGCGUUAGAACUUUGUUGCAGCAGGACCCCCCCCCCCCCCCCCUCGGGGGUUUUCAAAAGUUGUAUUUAUAACAGUGCCAAAGGGUGGGGCUUCACAGAGUCUCCAUGCUUCUUUCUGCAUUUAAACAUCAAUAGAAAUAUAUCCUAAUUUACAGGGUGUUCAUUUUGUUUGACUUCACUGACUUUGCCCUCACCAGUGGGAGACCUCAUGAUUCCUCAUUUUAUUUUUUGAUUUUACAGCCUUUUAACAGGUCAUUGACUUGAUGAAUUGGCAGCUCCAUUCAUUCUCUGCAAAACUAUCCUGAAAGCAGCUUUUUGUCUUUCUUUCUCUUCUUUUUAAAGUUGUUAUUCAACCAUUGUUGAUCCUCUGACUUAGCAGACAAAGUCAAUAUGAAGUAACAGCCAAGUGCCAAACAUUUCAUUCUUCUUCUUCCCUCAGCUGAAUAUUUAUUUUUCUCAGAGGUUUUUAAAACGUUAGGGACAUUUGUUCAACUUGGGUUCGGUCAAAGAAAAAAAAAAAGAAACAUUUUCUAGCUAUUCAGCCAUGCAGAUAGCUUUGGGUUUAAUUACCUUCAAACUGUCUUAUGUUUCAGGGAUGUCUUCUUCCCCAGGGUUUUUUUUUCAUGGGUUCUUCUGAAAACAUGAAACUCGAUCCUUGGGUUUAUUUACAAGAUAAUAAAUAGUUUUCUACGACAGCACUUAUUACAAGAGAUUGAAGCGAUUUGAUUUAACAAUGAAGGGCCACACUCUCUCAGCUAAUGAAACCAGACGAUGUUGAAGCUAAAAUCUCAGUUAUCUUAAACUAUUUAAAAAGGCAUUAAGGGAUCCCAGACUUGUUUUUUACCUCUUUGUCCAACCACAGUUUUGUUUUUAGAAAACAAAUAUUUGUUUAGUCUUUCAAAAUAAUUCAAUUUCACAAAAUGACUAAACUGACUGAGAUCAUUUUAAGAAAACUGUGUUGUUGUGACAAUUUUUUUAAAUAUUUCAAUCACGUGGAAUAACAGUCUUUGGUCCUAUUCGAGGUAAUCACAAAACUUAAAGCUCUCUGUUGAGUUAUCAUUCGGACAAGUUUCAUGGUAAAAGCAAAAUGGCACAAAGAACCCAAAGUUUCUGCAUGGCUAAAUGCUAACAGAGGUAGAUAAGCUCAUUGGUACUUUUGGUAAUUUGAGUUUUUGACACAUCAACUCUGAAUCUGUAAAGCAAAACGUGCACUUGCAGUUUCUGCCACAGUACGCUAUGGGAACGUUAGGAACACUGUGCAUGUCUGACCCCAUCAGACCUCGAGGGUUAUAGUGUAGAAAUAUAUCACUGACAACUUACUGAAAUGACUUUAAUACAAGUAAAAAGAUAUUAUGCAUCGCUUUAACGUUUAGCGUACCAUUCUGUUUGCUGUUGAAAAAUGGUACGAGGAAAUGAGUAUAUUACUAUAUCGACAAAUAUAUCGGUUAGACUUAACAGAAUUUUUGAAGUAUCUGCUACAAGCUCAGCAGUUUGCUGAUUUGCUGCUAGACGAAGCACUGAGGUCAACGAACGAGGGGUCUCGGCAGCUACAUAACCACGGUCUCUGACGAUUGGAUGGAGCAUCACGGCGACCCAGUUACCGAUCACCCUGGCUCCAACAGUCCCUCCAACUCUGCUGCAGGAAUGCGUCAAACUGUACAGAUUUUAUCACGCGGACAUAAGCAUUUCAACAUUUCUAUUGAAGAUAUUCCGUUGAUUAAGUUGUAUAGUCUUUUGUACAAAGGGAUUUCAUGAGCGUUUCUAGACUUGUGUUAAUUUUACUCACUGGAGAAGAACUUUUUUUUUUUUUUUUUUUUUGCUGGAUUAUUUUAACCACUGUGUUUCCAAGCCUUGUAAAUGAUAGGGAAGAUGCCAGUUAUUUAAUAGUGCUCUUUUUAUCUUCUGAAAUACUGGUCGCGUAUAGCUGUUGUAAAGUUAACAAAAAGAGGUAUUUAUGAUUUCUGUUUUGGUUGUCACUUGAUGUGUAAAUAUGAAAAGACUGUAUAUGUAUUUCCAUGGCAGUACUAACAAGCUGUGUUGUGUGAUAUAGUGAAUUAUCCCUUUGCUAUCUUUUAAUAUAAAAUUGCAUUUGCAUUUCAAUGAAA